GCCAAGAGAAUUCCCUCCAAACAAGAGCCUUAUCAAAAUGACAAACCUUAUCCUAAACUACGAAACCAAGCAAACCACAGCUUGAAGGUUGAACCAUACUAUGGACACUUAGGACUUAUUAGAAGCUCAAAUUGCUCUAAAAAUUGUAACACGCAAAACGCUGCCGUUUCGAAAGCCAUGGCUGCAUUAACCUGCCACCUUCAACCGUCAAACUACUACGCUAAAAGGACACCUAUUUCAUGCACAAUGCAGCAGCCAAGCCAGAGUAACAUCAAGGUGAUCGUAAAUGGUGCAGCGAAGGAAAUCGGGAGGGCGGCGGUGAUUGCUGUGACCAGAGCAAGAGGAAUGGAGGUUGCUGGUGCGGUAGAUAACUAUGCUGUAGGAGAAGACAUUGGAAAGGUAUGUGAAAUGGAAGAAGCUCUGGAAAUACCCAUAAUGAAUGACCUUACCAUGGUUCUGGGCUCAAUUUCACAGUCAAGAGCGACAGCAGUAGUGAUCGACUUCACUGAUCCUUCAACGGUAUAUGACAACGUCAAACAGGCAACAGCAUUCGGAAUGAGAAGCAUUGUUUAUGUGCCGCGUAUUGAGCUAGAUACAGUAGCAGCACUAUCUGCUUUCUGUGACAAGGCCAGCACGGGUUGUCUAGUAGCACCAACACUGUCAAUAGGAUCUAUACUUCUUCAGCAGGCAGCAAUCACAGCUUCUUUCCACUACAACAAUGUGGAAAUAGUCGAAUCUAGACCAACUGCAAGAGAUCUUCCAUCACAAGAUGCAAUUCAAAUUGCCAACAACUUAUCAAACCUGGGCCAGCUCUACAAUAAGGAAGAUAUAUCGACUGAUGUUGUGGCAAGGGGUCAAGUCCUAGGAGAAGAUGGAGUUCGAGUGCACAGCAUGGUCCUUCCAGGUCUACCCUCUAGCACAACAGUUUAUUUGUCAGGCCCGGGAGAGGUACUUACUCUUAAACAUGAGAUUACGAAUGUGCAAAGCCUGAUGCCAGGCCUGAUUAUGGCCAUAAGGAAGGUCGUACGACUAAAGAACCUGGUAUAUGGCUUGGAGAAGUUAUUAUAGUGAUCAGAUGUUUUUCCAACACCAUCAAAAACUAUCAGAGUUUAAACUUUGGAGCCUCCUUUCAAGUUUUCAUACACUUAUGUUACCAAUACAGACAGAAACUGGAAGAGAAGGGGAAAAUGAAAGGAAGGACAACUUAAUACUUUCAAUAUGUCAAAUGGCAACCACACCAAGCCAUACCGAGAGCAGGUGCAUAUUAGAAUUGAUGAGAUUAUGUUCACUAGACAAAACGGAGCAAUUCUUUUGGUCCCGAUACCUAAGCACAUAUAACAUUCCUCCGAGAAAUGCACUUCUGUUAAAAAAAUGUGGAGCCUCGCACCAUUUGCACUAUAUCAUUCUUUAGUCCUGCUAUAAUUUCUGAAGUUGCCUAUAUACCAUUCUUUUGCAUGAAAGCGAAAGUAUUUACAGAGCACUUGUUAAGAAAAAUAAGUAAUUCCACCAGAAUAAAGAAGAUUUGCUGGGUUUAUCAUUAAGGUGAAGCAUGAAAUCCCUCAACACAAAGAAGCUUACAAGUACAAAUAUAAAAUCAACUUAUACACCAUGGUCGGCGACUUUUGUUGGGGUUUGAUGUGUGUGAAUUGGUGCAUAGAAUAGGAAAGCACUUCUAGUAGCCACACCAAAGCCCGCUUUAGAGAUAUCGAACAGGAUUAUCAACAUACCUGUUCGGAUAAAUGAGAUGACAAAAUAAUGAACUAUUGAAUCAUCAUUUUCAGAAGUUUGCUCAAAAUUUUCUGCUCAAGCAGCCCAAGACUCUUAGGAUAACUUAGACUACAGAAUAGGGGAAAAUAUACGCAAAAGCUUACCACCCUGAAACAUUUAUUUGGGUGCUAUCUAGUGUAAGUCAAUCCAAAAUGAUCUGAGAAGCUUUUGCCUAUCACCCAACUCAAUCAAUAUAAAGUUUAAGUCAUAACCAAUUUACUAACCCUAAGACUAAGUGAUUUUCAUGGUAGCAUGGUGAUAUUCACACAACUCUUAAUGGUCAAAGAUUAGAACGUCUAAGUCCCAUUAUAAGCAGCCAAAGAAAACAUUUAUAUAUAUGCCUAGGAGUAAGCGUAACAAAAACAAAAUAUAGUCCAUCUUUGAACAAACUAAAUAUAAACGAACAUCAAGUCAUCAGGCAGAGAAGAUUCAUACAAAAGCAUCUAAGGGUAAAUCAAAAGGCCAAUGACAAUAGCAACGUAGUACGAUUGAUACUAACCGGAUUGAGUACAUACCAAAAUGAUUGCAUAUUCACAACUCUGUUCAGGUUAAGUACAUUCCAAAAUGAUUGCAUACUCGGAUAUUCCCUUAACUUCAUCCAGUCAUCAAUCUUGGGCUUCUUGGCUUUUAGAAAGGAGAAACCAAGCUCUCAAUGUAAUCCACUGAUACAUAGAAGUCAUUAUUUUCAAAAGCAAUCCCCCUUUGAGACAGUUGAAGAGUUUCACGACUAGGAUCACAGACGUAGAAUCGCCCAUCGGUAUGUACCAAACACAUGCCGGUCUUAGAGAUAGAAUACGGUUUUAUGAUUUUAGAACUAAAUGAGAACGAUUUCUGCCACGAAUUCUCGUCACUGGGUUGCUUCAACAUCCAUACAUCAAAAUCAAAACGUUUGGGGGAACAAAUCAAUGACAAACACCCUCUCAACUCCAACAUCUCCACCCCCUUAUACUUCCUUAAACAAUUCAUCAAUGGAAAUGGCUUUAAUUGGUCGGUAAUUAAAUCAAAUGCAAAUACAUCAACAGGAGACUUCCACACUAAGAGGUAAAUAGUAUCAUGGACCAACACUGUUUUUCUAAUUUCCCGUACUCUGAAACGCUUGUCUAAAUUAUCAACUCUUGUCCAGAUCCCAGUAUUCCCGGAAAACACAUGAAAAUUAACAUAAAAAUAAUCAUCAUCGGGAACCAUGAUAUUACUAUCACGACGAGAAGCCGAAAACACACCAAAAAUUUUGUACUCAUCAGUAGAAGAAUCAUAAUAAAACUGACACCAAGACCUCCAAGCCCUUUGUUUACCAUCAGGAAGCAUGAUUUUACGAUCACGGUGAGUAGCCGGGUUCGAUAUCGUCAAGAAUUCUUGGAAAUUGUGAGGAUAUACAAUCAAGCAAACAAGGCCAUUACAAGAACCCACUAAUCUAGGACGACGAUCCCCAAUUUCAUAUGCCAAUGGCACGAAAUCUUCCACAUCAUAAUUCGUUUGAUCAUAGCGUAGCGAAAAGAAUUCGGGUUGCCGAAAUCUCUAGGAUAAUAGCACGGUGAUAGUCACACUAACUGAUAGUCAAAGAUUAGAACGCCUAAGUUCCAUCAUGAGCAGCCCAAGAUAAUAUAUACUAUUAAAUUACACAAUUUAUAAAGGUGUGGCGCUGAUUUGCUUUAAUUAAAAGUAAAGGGGUUUAUUUGCCAUAUUCCCCCAUAAUAAUGUAUAAACAUUAAAAGACGGCAAAAGUAAGAUUUACCGUUUUGAUUUUAUGAUGUCUUUGGCGAAGAUUCCGAAGUAUCCUAGGACGAUUGUCGACCUUCAAUGCUUCAUUUGACGACGGAAUUGGUUUCCCAACCUUGUUUUGACCCCUUCGAUUAAACCAUGGAGGUGGUGUCAAGGGUUUUCCAACUGGGUAUGGUUCACCAUACACCACAUCACGCACAACCUAAUGUAUAUAUAUAAACAUCACUUCAAUCAACUUAUAUAUCCAAAAAUGGCAUAAGUAAUACAAAGUCUAAUGUGUUAGAUGGUUUACUUCGGAGUGGCCAAAACUUCCAUCUGGUCCCAUAUCUUGUGCAAUAACUUCAAUCAGAUCCUCUGUCUGCCAAGCACCGAUUCGUGGUGAAUCUGUUUUCCAACUUCUCGAUGUAGCAGUGUACUUAAUCCUGUCAAGAUAUGCAAUC